GCUUUAAAGCGGGUGAAGACGUAUUUGCGCUCAACAACGGGAGACUCUAGACUGAACCACCUCAUGAUAGCUCAUGAUGUUGCAUGUUCAGAAGGACAGAACAGAUGCUCUGACCCUUGUAGACGUAGCUAAUGACUUCGUUUGGGAGAAAGAAAACCGAAAGCAAUUGUUUGGCAAAUUUUCCGCGAACGAUAUCCCAAACAAGUUCUCUAUUUCGUCAUAG